AUGGCACCAGAUCUAAACUCAAUACCUAUAUACCCAAGACCUCAGGAGGUUAUAGCAUCUCCACGUCUUACAUCUCGUACUCCUUCCCGACGCACUUCUCAAGCAAUGGCUUCCCCAAAUAAUCUAUCGACUUCUUCCUUAAAUAUUCUCCCUUCGAACCAAAGUGCUGUCACUGCAGCUUCGCCUCCUUUGAUGUCGCCUUCCAAUAAUAUUUUGACAUCUGCAACUGGCACGAUUCCUUCAGGAGAUAAUACCGGUGUAGGAAUGGGACCUGGACCGUUAAGACACCCAAGGCCUCUGACUGCUGCGGAUUUACAUCUACAACUGGAGAAAGAACAAGAAGCUGUCGUCAAUCGAUUAACCCGCGAGCUGAGCAUGCUUCGUGCUGCUCAAAAUGCCUCCGUCGUCUCAAAUACCUCGUCCACUUCCGCAGGUCACCCUGAUGGGUUAGAUAACUCAAACCAUCUCCUAUCCGGACCCAACCACCCCAUUCCUUCACACCGUCGCCAUCACCGCACAUCUUCAAGCACCUCCACUCGAAGCAUUACUGCCACAGCAGGCAGUAUCAGCACGACCAGUGGGAUCGCCGCCCCUGCCGCUCGACGCGUCGAUUCACUACCUCAAGCUAUCUCCCUGAGUCGCCAAAACUCCACAACUGGUGUUCACAGAUCCGGAGCUAGUAGUCCUGCACCAUUGAGCGGUAGUUAUGGACAUGCAGAUCAAUUCUCGCAUUUCUAUCACCAACAACGACCUAGUAUGCUACCACAUCGUGAUUAUUCAUCGGGUAAUGUACCAACAAUGGGUAGCACUGCGGGUGAAAUUGGUAGUGCGACAAGCGUGCCAACAACAGCAAGAUAUGAGGAGGCAGCCCUUCAAAGACAGGAAUUAGAAAAUGUGAAGAGAGAGAAUGAGGCGUUGAAGAAGAGGAUUAGGGAGUUGGAGAGGGUGAUAAGGGAUAGAAGACAGAGUGAUGCAAGUUUGAACAGACCAAGAAGUGAGAGUGUUAGUACGUCGGCCAGUGUGAGCAUUGGAAGAGGCAGAGAUAGCUUAAGGAAUAAGGAUGUAGAGGAAGAUGAGAGCGUUAGGGUUGGGGAGAGUGCUAGAAGUGGUGGCUUGAGAUGA